AAGUGACCUAAGUAAAUGUGUGUGUGUGUGUGUGUGUGUUCUUUACCCUUCUCUAAUGUUUCAGAAGUGACGAGUAAAAUAGCAGUAGCUUGGAAAGAGGUGAGUGAAGCUGAGAGGAACAAGUUGGUGGAGGCGUACAGGGUGGAUAAAGAGGCUUAUGUCCUCAAGUACGAGGAAUAUAUGAAGACCGUCACCCCAAAGCAACUCUCCACCAUGAAAAGACUGAAAAAGGACAUUAGGCAGAAGAAGGAAAGGCGGUAUGAGAAUAAGAGAGGCAGGUUAGAGAAGGAGGAACAUGGUAAGCCCAGAGCCCCGGGUAAUGCCUUCUUCCUCUUCUGGAUGUCACUGGAUCAAGGAGAACUAAGAAGAAAGGAAUUCUUAAAGGAAGCUGCCAGAAAGUGGAGCAGUUUGGGGGAGGAGGACCAGAGGCCGUUCUUCGAGAGAGCAGACAAACUGAGGGAACAAUAUUUUGGUGAACUCAAAGAAUGGGAAGCCCAGAUGGCCAAAGCUGGGAACUUUCAUCUGAUUCGGCCGCAACAUCGAGUGGUGUAUAAACUUUUUCAAGUUCAACAGGACAACCAGCAAGAAGACUGAGAGGACUUAUUGAGUGAUAACAGGAGAACGAUUUAGAAAAUGGAUACUAUUACAGCCUCUCUUAUUCCACCCAGCUUGGAUUGAGGGAUGUGUACUGUCCUAUGAUAAGUAAACCUGCUUCACCUUUUUGGGCUGAGAUUUCCAGAACUCAGAACACUUCUGAACACAUUUGUCUAGUAAGAGAAAACAUUGCAUUAUGUACCACAGUCAUGUUCAAAAGUUCGCUCCCGUGGUGAAACUGAGUCACGGGGACGAUUCUCUGAACUUAUUUACCUGCCUUGAGUGUCGUUAGGUGUGGGAGGGCUGUUUUAUCUCAUUUGGGGUCGAUGAUGCUUCACUUUGGAAGGGAGUGAACUUUAGACCUUAGAUGCACACAGCAAUAAGUACGUUUAGUUGAAGUCUUCGUGAUUCUGUGAUUGUUGGGUUAAGUUUUAAUCUGGUGGUCCAAGAGAACAUCAGACCUGACUGCUAGCUGCCUUUAUUAACCUUGAUUGUAAGAGUAUUAUUAUAUUUUAUUUUAUUGUCACAUAUUUUACUGUAUUUCUCUGUCAUUGUGAUAAUUAAGUUUUACACUACAUGUAAGAAGUCUCAAACUAUCUCUCAAGAUAUAGAAAUAUUGAUAACAAACAUUUCUAUUUUAAAAUCUGUAAAUAUGUUUGUGAAAAUACUGUAUAUAAAUGUGCAAUAAAUUUUUUGUAAAUAAAAUGUAUCCUUGUGAAUAAACAAAUUAAUAAAC